AUGCGCAAUUUGCACAACGCAGCUGACGCGCAGAGAUUCACUGAGUUGACAAAAGCGCUGGUGGAGCUGGUGCAGGAAUCGGGGAGGUUCUAUGCUCUUCCCCAGGCGGAUGUUGAUGCCGAGGUACAAAACCUCAACAACGAAAUCGAAAAAGCGAAGACAAUGGACAGCCAAAGCAUUUAUUACGGGUGUACGAGGUUGGUAUUUAGCGGAAAAAAGGCCGUAAGACUUCUAUGGAAGGCCAAGCUUGCAUAUGAAAAUUUUUCGAUGGACGAGGAUAAGGUCCGACGUCAGGCCGUGUUCCACGCCCUCGACGUGAAUAUGCAAGAAACCGGCAGAGGGAAAAUUUUUUCCUACACAAAAAUAUUUGAAGCUUAUGAGAAGGUUAUGGUGGUAACGGGCGUCGCAGGCUCCGGCAAAACAACCCUCGUCAAAAACAUCGUACUGCAGUUUUUCAUUUCGGAGCAAGGAGCCGCUGAUUACUUCAGGUCGUUUAACCAACUCAUCUUCUACGAGUGCAUGGAUCGCACCUCACUAACACUGAAUGACGUCAUCCUGCAGCACUACAAAGACCUGUGCAUUGAACUGGGGAAAGAAAAUGUUCUACUUGCUCUCCUGCGUCUCGAUGUCUUAUUCAUCAUCGAUGGCUUCGAUGAAGUAAACAACGUUUCUAAAAACGUCGUAAUUGAGAUUUUCGAAAUGAUUUGGGGCAGCAACUGUCGUGUAUUGAUCACGACUCGUCCUCAUGCCGUGAUGAAGAAAUUGGUGCCGCUGCUUAAGAACUACGAUGUCAGCUUUACUCAGUAUGAGAUCCUGCCGCUCACGAAGCUUGCCGACCAACUUGAAUUUUUGCGGCGGUAUGAAAAAUCUUAUAGUGACGGCACUCCAACUGGUGAGAUGACGAGGAGCUUCGAGUCGAUGAAUGAAGAUGUCAGAAGUCAAUUCUGUGAACCCAUCAACUUGGUUCAUUUCUGUGAGAUGUAUAAGCACUUUCCUGAGGUAAUAUCCUCGUGGCAGACGCCCAAGGACAUAGCGCCUCACAAGCUGCGCCUGUACAGGGAACUCGCCCGUACCAAACUUGCAGAUUUUAUUGAUGAGGACUUGGACGUUCUGCUUAACAGUUUGUUUGCGGUCGUCGGUGCGGCAGCUCUGGAUCUGCUCAGCGACAACGUCUCGAUUUUGCCGGAGGCAGAGCUGAUUGGCAUCAAAGAGAAGUGCCAGGUUUUACCGAAGGGUAAUAAUAAGGUCGAUCCUGCAGUUGUACUCUCAGUGGUGCUAACAGAGCACAAACCUAUAGGUUUGAACAAGGGUUCACGCUAUGAAUUCAAGCACAAGAGUGAGCAGGAAAUGUUCGCUGGUCAUUACAUCAUUCAGCGCAUCAUUGGGGGGAGCGCCGACCCCCUUUACAGCAUCCUGGGAGUCCCUAAGGAGAAAAUGAGUAGGCUGGGGGAGGUGCUGCUGUACGUGGUGGUGGCGCUACGCAGGGACAGCCCCCGCCACCUCACACGGCGGUGGGGGGAGCUGAAAGAGGCGCUACAGGACGCCAGCGUCACCGCCGAGGAUGUGAUGGACUGCGUCACACACUACCGUCCAGUGGGAGCGGUGGCUGAGCUCGUGGCCUUGGUGGGAGACCAGAAGAGGUGGCUCGUCAGGAACGCCCGCCAUGUGGCCGCUGUAGCCACCAUGCUCCGCCACGCCCGCCACCCUCGAUACGCUCAAAUAUAUUCGGUGGAUGUGAACAUGGAGGCCGCGGCCCUGAGAGGAGUGCUGUGGAAGGCUUUCGUCGCCGCGGCGAGGGACGUUGGGGUCAGGAUUGAGCUGUCCAGCCCUGACCGCUACGACCCCCACGACGACCUCCUCCUGCCGCUGCACAACAGCGGGGUGAGGCUGGAAUGGUUCAGCGGCUGCGUGGGCACCUCCGCUGGGGUCGCCGCCCUCGCCGCCGUGGCCCGCGGCGCUCGCCUCGACAUCCGCAUGGCGGCGCCUCUGGACCUCAGCACCCUCAGGGGGAAAUACGGGGACCUCAGGGUGUACACGCGCCCCAUCCCGCCCCCUGGCCCCUCUUCCCCCGCGUGGCCUCUGCCCCCCUCUCCCCUGCUGUGCGUGGAGGGGGCGGAUGAGGUGUCCUGGGGGGCCGUGGCCCACACCAUCACUUCCCUCGCCCCCCCUGACAAGAGUAGCAGUGUCAUUCCCCCAGGCUGCAAAAACAGGACAGGUGUGCCCAGGUUCCGGAAGCUGAGGCUGCCGGGCAGCAGGCUCCGUGCAGCUGAGCUGCCGCCGCUGAUGCAGGCUCUGAGGGACGAGGGCGUCAGGACGGGGAUCCUGGGCGACACGCGCGCCGAGGUUGACAG